GGUCAAAAGGAAACCAAAACAAAAUAUCCCGCUUCGAGUAAAAAUCGAUCGACCGCACUGUGGCGUAGUUAGUUUAAGUUUUUAUCGAUUAGCUUUACUUUCUUGAGCAAUGUACACCAAAGCAAGCGUAUAUUCUGCAUUAGUGAGCGUUGCCAUAGUUACAAGAUAGCGGCUGUAAGCUGCUAACCACUCCAGCGCAGUUUCAUUGUGUGUGCUUGCUUGCAAUCACAGCAAUCGGAGCAUCGCAAACAGUACCGCCCGGAAGAACUGCUUGAAGGAGGAGCAGGAAGCAACAUGGAGUACUCCAGUUUCGUUCGCGAGCUGCGCAGGGAAUCCCACAGCCCGUACGUCAAUUCCUCCGACUCGCAGUACGCCAGGGAGUUCGAGGAGCAGAUGCAAGCGCUGGUUAUUAACUACGACAUUGAGGAACCGUGCGCCGAGGAGCAACAUGCACCGCGCUACUCUUUCACGAGCACGCCCCAGCCUUCCGGAAGUGGGCUGAGGCUGGCGCGUACGAAGCCACCCAGCACUGUAACGGCUGACGAGGCGGCACGAGGGGCAGAAGAAGAGGUGCCGAAGAAGAAAAUAGCUAUGAAUUUUGACCAGUGCGGUCCCGAAUCGUCCCAGGGUUCGUUCGAGUCGAGCGAAGGUAUUUCGAUGCGGUACGAUUCCUGCAACUCGAUCGACGACAUACCGCAUCUGGUUUCGUGUGAUGAAUUUGCCUGUGAUGCGCCCACGAUUCGCGGAGAGAAACGGAAGCUCGGCAGUCCCGUUCCGUUCGAAGCACUGCAGGGAGAGGAAGAUUCGAUGCUGGAACCGGCCAAAUAUGAUCUGUACCCGAGCGCAUCGACGCCUGCUACGACCAAACUGCUUACUGUUCCUGCGAAACGAACGUAUGACGAGGCUAAUAGGUAGAAGUUAGGUUAUGAAGUUUAAGCUUUAUUUUAAUAGCGUAGAAUUUGCUGUGCCCGUGAACUCCAGCUCAGCUUGUAAAUGCAGUUUCCCCACUCUAAACCAGCGCCAUAAAGGGAACGCACUAUGUCUAGUGACUAGCUAUAGAAAGCAUGUAAAUUAUUCGCCCCUACCCAGAGCCAUUCAAAGAAUGGAUAAACGGGAAGACAGGGUCCACACGCCAAGCUUCAUCAUUUCCAUACAUUGAAUUAAUCGCUCAACGAAACGAAGUAGAAUUUCUAAUAAACGCCAAUGUAUUACAA